AUGCCACCCCAUGCGCCCGCUCCUCGAAGUCACGCGCCCAUCAACCGCGCAGCCUUCCCCUGCGCCACCCCCACCCCUCGGACGGAUCUCGGCACACCUCCGCGCGAUCGGAGGCGCAAAUUUUUGGCGCGGUGCCAACUUGCCAGCGGCGCUAUCGGGGAGCGCGAUGAGGGCGAUGAGAGCGGCAGCCUGACUGAUCUGGCGUUCGUGGCGCUGUGCCGGAGGGCGUACGGGCGGCUGGCGGGUUGGCAGAGCGACAGGGGCUGGUGGGACUUUGGAGAGACGUACGCGGGGAUGGUGGAGGUGUCUCGAGCUUUGAUGCAGGGACGGACCCCAGAGGAGCAGCGGGCUGCUGUGAUCGCCGGCUUUCCUGAAAUCCCUCCCUGGUUUCGAAAGUUGUUUCCGUACAGCACCUGGGGAGCAGAGCUGAACGCCAGGAUAACGCCUGCAUUUUUCAAGUGGCUUGUGGGGCCCAUGGAAACUGUGGAGGUUGAGAUCGAUGGCCAGAAGCAGAUGAGUGGUGUGCACAUUGAGAAAUGCAGGUAUCUGGAGGAGAGCGGCUGCACAGGCAUGUGUGUCAACUUGUGCAAGGCGCCCUGCCAGACUUUCUUCACAGAAGAACUGGGCAUGCCGAUGACGAUGAAGCCAAAUUUCGAAGACAACAGCUGCGAAAUGAUUUUUGGGCAGCGUCCACCUCCCCUCGAAGAGGACGAAGCGAUGCAACAGCUCGCUAAUCACGUGGGUGUCGGCGUCGCUCCCUCCAUGGGCCUUCAUCCUGCCAUCCUCGAGACUAAAAGCGCACCAGGAGCGGCUCAAGUCGCAACUCAUCUCGAAGCAAAAGCUGACUGUGUGGAUGGG